CAAGAUGUUGCUAAAUAUAAAACACAUAUUGUGGUUGUUCUGCAUAUACCACACAACAACUGGACCAGUCUCUAGCACAUUAUUGGAGAUGCGUCCUGUCAGCGGCUUGUUGUCUGAGAAAGUGACCCUUCCGUGUUACUUCUCCAUCAUGCCUACUGUUGGACCCAGAAACAAAGACGCCUCAGGAUACGAUUACCUGCGCAUCAAGUGGACCAGAAUUGAUGGGGGUGUGGAGUCUACUGUUCUUGUCACCCAAAACGGUGUCAUUAAGAUUGGUUCGGGCUACAGGAACCGUGUAUCUGUGCAGAGUCACCCGGAGGACAUUGGUGAUGCUUCUCUCACUAUGGUGAAGCUUCGGGCGAGUGAUGCCGGAACAUACCGAUGUGAAGUGAUGUUUGGGAUCGAGGACACACAAGACACAAUCAGUUUAAAUGUUGAUGGCGUGGUGUUUCACUACAGGUCGGAGGUCAGCAGAUAUAUUCUGAACUAUGCGCAAGCUGUGCAGGCUUGCAGCGAUGUUGGAGCCACCAUUGCUACAUCCGAACAGCUGAGAGCUGCUUAUGAAGAUGGAUUUGACCAGUGUGAUGCUGGCUGGAUUGCAGAUCAAACAGUGAGAUAUCCAAUCACUAGACCCAGGCCUGGCUGUUUUGGAAACCUGCCUGGAAAACCUGGCGUUAGGUCGUAUGGCAAACGGAGACCCACAGAAACUUAUGAUGUGUUCUGUUAUGUGGAUAAACUUGAGGGUAAUGUUUUCUUUGCACCCACAAUGCACAAGAUGACCUUUGAUGAAGCCAAAGCAGUGUGUGAAAGCAAUAACGCAGAGCUGGCCUCACCUGGUCAACUUCACGCUGCCUGGAGACAGGGCUUGGACCGUUGCGAUUAUGGCUGGCUUUCUGAUGGCAGUGCAAGGCAUCCUGUCUCCAUACCUAGAAGUCAGUGUGGUGGUGGUCUGCUGGGAGUACGGACCAUGUACCGCUACCGAAACCAAACAGGCUUCCCAGAUCCCAGUAUGAGGCUUGGAGCAUACUGUUUCCAAGGCUCUAAAAUUAUAUUCAACCAGUCAUCUUGGAUAGAUGUCACAAUCAAGAGCGCUACCACAAUAAAGCCCACCACCCCAUUUUUCUCUACAAAGACCACCACAGGCCAGACUCCUGAUGCCAGUUCCCCUCACGCAUCACAGGCUAUUACUGAAGAUGACCUGCCUCCAACUGAUGCCCCUUCAAUGUUUUCUACAAGCAUGGCACCCCCAAAGACAAGCCGUGUCCCUGACAGACUAGAAUCUAUCUACACUUCAUACUCAGCAGCAAUCAGUGUAAAAUCUGAGGAUAGCGUCCCCACAACAAAACUGCCAGAUUUUGAUAUUAAAGAUUUUGGUACUGAGGAGGCUGAUGAUGAUGCAAAAGUGCGUGGAGAUGUGGUCCGUGGAGAACUUACUACUGCAGCUCCUAAAGUUACAGAGGAACCGAUAGAGGAACCAGAGGACAAGAUCAUCAUUGAAGUGAAAACGGUUCUACCUGAUGUUUUACUCUCAGCCCCUCUAAGCACAAAACCGAUGUUUGCAGUUGGGAGAACAGAGGAAUCUAUUGUGGUUGGUGUUACAACAGACAGAGAUUUGGGGAUAGAUGCCACUGUAGUAAACACUGAAGAAUCUGGACAUAGAAUUAAAUCAUCCUCUCUGAUGGCAAGUGAGAGCAGUACUGGUAAAGAUGAAGCUGUAUCUCGUGCUUCCACACAGUCAACAGAAGCCACUUUCCUUGAGAGUGCCAAAACUGUGUUUCCUGAGUAUGAAGAUGAGACUGCUGAUGGUGUUGUUAUGGCAGGUCCUCCACCUUUGUCUACACAGAGAUCCACCAGCUCUCAUCCCGAACCUUCAGAGACCUCCAGUGGAGUUAAUAUCACAGAUUCAGCAGUUACACCACCUGUUUUUAUGCAAAGCCCAACUCAACGACCAACUAUAGGAAGCUCAGUUACCUCACAAAAAGUGUCUCAGACAUUCUCCAGCUUUUCAGAAAAAGAAAGUACUGAGUUGACUAACCAUGUUACAAGGUCAGCAGGUUUGAUUACACCUAGUUCAGCCACAGUUGCUGCAGGAGCAGUGAUAACAACACCUUUAGUUGCUGACCACAAAACACCACGUGAGGAAACUGCUUCAGGACCUUCAGAUGCACCAAAGGAGGCACUAACAGAGGCCACAUACACCACCACUGCUUCAGAUCAUGCCUCAGUUAAUGAACGUCUGAUGCCCUUUGAAGAACCACAUUCUCACAUUGCCCAGAUGGUAGUCAUUCCUGAGAUACCUGAUGAUGUUCUUAAUAGUGAUGGGGCGACUGUUAUGGAAAGUGGUGAUUUCUUGUCCUCUGUAACUGUAACCCCAACAAUCAGUUUCAUAAAUGGCAAUCUUGAGGUGACACUUCAACCUAAAGUUGUGACAAAAGAACCUAGAGGAGAUACAUUUGGAAGUGAUUCUCUCGGAGUAACUGAAAAAAUUGAAACUUUUGAAUUAGAUAGUUCAUUAGUGGAAGCUGGCAGAACAUCACAUGAAUCAUUGGUGUCAGGUUCCACAAUAGUGUCCCCUUUAUUUUCCACAACCGUUGAUCCCAAUAUUGAAUUUGGCCAAAGAGGUUUAGCAGUAGAAUCCACUCUUCCAUCAGCUUCUAUAGAAAUUACUAAAGAGGAGAUGCUCAUAUCUGAAGGAACAUUCAUGCCAAACAUUACAACCUCUGCCAAUGAAAAACAGGCUUCUUCAAAGCCUGUACAUGCAGUUACUCCUUUGGAUCAUGAUGACACUACCGAGUCACACAUUUCCUCUCAAGUGCAUGGUGUUAGCUCAAUAACAGUGGGCAAAGCCCAAUAUACAGCUGCUACGACAAAGGUCAUUGGAAAAACAGCACAGAAAGAUGAAUUUACUACAACCUCACCACCCACAGAGUUUACUUCUGCAUCUUUGGACCAUUUGGAUACAGAUAAAACCGAUCAUUCAGACAAAACAUCUGAAAUGGAUGUCACAGUGACCUCAGAGCAGACAACUGCCAAAGAUUUAGUGUCGCCAAUCCCUUUACUGCACACCACAAGCAGAUCAGACAAACCUACAGAAACAAACUCAGUGUCCAGCUCAACAGAUGCUGCCGUCACAAGCACAAAAUCAUCAGACAAGACAACAGCCAGAGAUUUUUUUUCAACUUCAAGAAUAGCAUCAAUUUUGUCAUCUUCAGAGUCUGAGAGUUCAGGAGAUGGAACAGUAGAUGUCACAAGCUCAGAGUUCACAACUAGCAGGCCGUCACUGUACACUACUCCAAAGCCAGAAAAAGACCUCAGCAAAACAACAUUUCACACAACAGAAGCAGUAUCAGUGACCAGCUCAACACAUGUUGAAGAUCAGAAAACUGUGACAGAUGGCAAUGAAUCUGCUUCACCUCUUAUGUCUACUGUAUCUUUCACAAAACAUACUUUUAGAUCAUUGAGCACUGGGGAAUCAGCAGGACAGACAGUUACAAGCCAAGAUACUGCAUCAACAGCAAGAACAGUCACAAAUCAAGGUAGUACAACAUUCGCAGCAACAGUGAUGCAGGAUGAAGAAGUAUCAACAAAACCUUCUGAAUCCACAAUAAUUGAUGUUUCAGAGACUCAGUUCUCCUCUACUCAAACUGGACAUUUAGAUAAAAUUUCGUCUGAAAGCACUGUCACAAGCACAAUGACUUCAGACAAGACAACUUCCAAAGAUGUUCUAUCGAGUCUUUCUUCAAGCUUUCCAUCAACUGUAUAUGAAGCAUCAGUAGAUGAGACCUCAGAGAAGACAACUUCCAAAGAUUUAGUGUCGCCAAUCUCUUUACUGUAUACCACAAGCAGAUCAGACAAAGAUCUUACCAAACCUACAGAAACAAUAUCAGUGUCCAGCUCAACAGAUGCUGCUGUCACAAGCACAAAAUCAUCGGACAACACAACAGCGAGAGAUUUUUUUUCUACUUCAAGAUUAGCAUCAAUUUUGUCAUCUUCAGAGUCUGAGAGUUCAGGAGAUGGAACAGUAGAUGUCACAAGUUCAGAGUUCACAACUAGCAGGCCUUCACUGUACACUACUCCAAAGCCAGAAAAAGACCUCAGCAAAUUAACAUUUCAUACAACAGAAGCAGUAUCAGUGACCAGCUCAACACAUGUUGAAGAUCAGAAAACGGAGACAGAUAGCAAUGAACCUGCUUCAUCUCUUAUGUCUACUGCAUCUAUCACAAAACAUACAUUUACAUCAUUGAGCACUGGAGAAUCUAUGGGACAGAUCAUUACAAGCCAAGAUACUGCAUCAACCGUAAGAACAGUCACAAAUCAAGGUAGUACACCUUUCACAGCAACAACUGCAGCAACUGUGACGGAGGAUGAAAAAGUGUCAACAAAACCUUCUGAAUCCACAAUUAUUGAUGUUUCAGAGAUGCUGUUCUCCUCUGCUCAAACUGGGCAUUUAGAUGAAAGGUCAUCUGAAAGCACUGUCACAAGCACAAUGACCUCAGAAAAGACAACUCCCAUAGAUGUUCUUUCAUCUUGGAGUCUUUCUUCAAGCUUUCCAUCAACUGAGGCUGAAGCUUCAGGAGAUAAUACUUCUGAAAUAUUUAUCAAAGAGUUCACAACAAGUUCUCCACUUCAUACUACAACUAUGAUUCCAGUUUCAAACUCAUUACCUGCUGAAACUGUAAGCAAUCAGACAAUUGAGGCACAGAGUAGAGAACCUGUUUCUAUGCUUGAUUCUACUGAAACAAGUACAGUGCAUACAUUUACAUUAUCAAAUACGGAGCACUCAACAGGACACACAAUUGCAAGUCAAAAUAUAACAUCACAUACAGCUACAACCACAGCCAUUUUGGAGAAGGACAAAGAGCUUUCAGCAAAGCCAUCUGUAUUAACCAGUACUGAUGUUUCAGAGACUUUCUUCUCUUCUUCUCAGACCGAUCAUUUAAACAAAACAUCUGAAAUUGAUGUCACAGUGACCUCAGAGCAGACAACUGCCAAAAAUUUAGUGCACACACCAAACAUAUCAGAGAAAGAUCUUAUGAAACCUACAGAAACAAUGUCAGUGUCCAGCUCAACAGAUGCUGCUGCCACAAGCACAAUAUUAUCAGAGAAGACAACAGCCAGAGAUUAUUUUUCAACUUCAAGUAUAGCUCCAAUUUUGUCAUCUUCAGAGUCUGAGAGUUCAGGAGAUGGAACAGUAGAUGUCACAAGCUCAGAGUUCACAACCAGCAGGCCUUCACAAUAUUCUACUACAAAUCCAGAUAUAGACCCCAGAAAAACAACAUUUCAUACAACAGAAGCAGUAUUAGUGACCAGCUUAACAUAUGUUGAAGGUCAGAAAACCGCAGCAACUGUUAUGCAGGAUGAAGAAGUGUCAACAAAACAUUCUGAAACCACAAUCAUUGAUGUUUCAGAGACUCAGUUCUCCUCUACUCAAACUCGACAUUUUGAUGAAAUUUCAUCUGAAAGCACUGUCCCAAGCACAAUGACCUUAGACAAGACAACUCCCAAAGAUGUUAUUUCAUCAUCAAGUUUUUCUUCAAGCUUUUCAUCCACUGAGUCUAAAGCUUUCGGAGAUGACACCUCUGAAAUGUUUAUCAUAGAGUUUACAACAACUUCUCCACUUUAUACUACAACUAUAUCAGAUCAAGAACUUACAAAAACACCAUCUGACACUGAAGAAACGAUUCCAGUUUCAAGCUCAACACAUGCUGAAACUGUAAGCACGCAGACAAUUGAGGCACAGAGUAGAGAACUUGUUUCCAUGCUUGAUUCUACUGAAACAAGCACAAUGUCAAGUCAAGAUAUAAAAUCACACACAGCUACAAGCACAGUCAUUUUGGUGAAUGACAAAGAGCUGUCAGCAAAGCCAACUGUAUUAACCAGUACUUUUGUUUCAGAGCCUUUCUUCUCGUCUUCUCAGACCGAUCAAUUAGACAAAACAUCUGAAAUCAAUGUCCCAGUGACCUCAGAAGAGACAACUGCCAAAUAUUUAGUGUCACCAAUUUCUUUACUGCACACCAUAAGCAGAUCAGACAAAGAUGUUACCAUGCCUACAGACACAAUCUCAGUGUCCAGCUCAACAGAUGCUGCUAUCACAAGCACAAAAUCAUCAGAGAGAACAACAGCCAGAGAUUUUUUAUCAACUUCAAGAAUAGCAUCAAUUUUGUCAUCUUCAGAGUCUGAGAGUUCAGGAGAUGGAACAGUAGAUGUCACAAGCUCAAAGUUCAUAACUAGCUGGCCUUCACUGUACACUACUCCAAAACCAGACAAAGACCUCAGCAAAUCAACAUUUCAUACAACAGAAGCAGUAUCAGUGACCAGCUCAACACAUGUUGAAGAUCAGAAAACUGAGACAGAGAUCUUUGAACCUGCUUCAUCUCUUAUGUCUACUGCAUCUAUCACAAAACAUACAUUUACAUCAUUGAGCACUGGGGAAUCAACAGCUGAGACCGUUACGAGCCAAGAUACUACAUCAACAGUAGGAACAGUCACAAAUCAAGGUAGUACACCUUUCACAGCAACAACCGCAGCAACUGUGAUAGAGGAUGAAGAAGUGUCAACAAAACCUUCUGAAUCCACAAUCAUUGAUGUUUCAGAGAUGCAGUUUUCCACUGCUCAAACUGGACAAUUAGAUGAAAAAUUAUCUGAAAGCACUUCCACAAGCACAAUGACCUCAGACAAGACAACUCCCAUAGAUGUUCUUUCAUCAUCAAGCCUUUCUUCAAGCUUUCCAUUAACUGAGUCUGAAGCUUCAGGAGAUGAGACCUCAGAAACGACAACUGCCAAAGAUUUAGUGUCGCCAAUCUCUUUACUGCACACCACAAGCAGAUCAGACAGAUAUCUUACCAAACCUACAGAAACAAUCUCAGUGUCCAGCUCAUCAGAUGUUGCUGUCACAAGCGCAAAAUCAUCUGAGAAGACAACAGCCAAAGAUUUUUUUUCAACUUCAAGAAUAGCAUCAAUUUUGUCAUCUUCAGAGUCUGAGAGUUCAGGAGAUGGAACAGUAGAUGUCACAAGCUCAAAGUUCCCAACUAGCUGGCCUUUACUGUACACUACUCCAAAAUCAGACAAAGACCUCAGCAAAACAACAUUUCAUACAACAGAAGCAGUAUCAGUGAGCAGCUCAACACAUGUUGAAGAUCAGAAAACUGAGACAGAUAGCUUUGAACCUGCUUCAUCUCUUAUGUCUACUGCAUCUAUCACAAAACAUACAUUUACAUCAUUGAGCACUGGGGAAUCAACAGGACAAACCAUUACAAGCCAAGAUACUGCAUUCACAGUAGGAACAGUCACAAAUCAAGGUAGUUCACCUUUCACAGGAACAACUGUAGCAACUGUGAUAGAGGAUGAAGAAGUGUCAACAAAACCUUCUGAAUCCACAAUCAUUGAUGUUUCAGAGAUGCAAUUCUCCACUGCUCAAACUGGACAUUUAGAUGAAAAAUUGUCUGAAAGCACUGUCACAAGCGCAAUGACCUCAGACAAGACAACUCACAAUGAUGUUCUUUCAUCAUCAAGCCUUUCUUCAAGCUUUCCAUCAACUGAGUCUGAAGCUUCAGUAGAUGAGACCUCAGAGAAGACAACUGCCAAAGAUUUGGUGUCGCCAAUCUCUUUACUGCACACCACAAGCAGAUCAGACGAAUAUCUUACCAAACCUACAGAAACAAUCUCCGUGUCCAGCUCAUCAGAUGCUGCUGUCACAAGCACAAAAUCACCAGAGAAGACAACAGCCAGAGAUUUUUUUUCAACUUCAAGAAUAGCAUCAAUUUUGUCAUCUUCAGAGUCUGAGAGUUCAGGAGAUGGAACAGUAGAUGUCACAAGCUCAAAGUUCCCAACUAGCUGGCCUUCACUGUACACUACUCCAAAGCCAGACAAAGACAUCAUCAAAACAACAUUUCAUACAACAGAAGCAGUAUCAGUGACCAGCUCAACACAUGUUGAAGAUCAGAAAACUGAGACAGAUAGCUUUGAACCUGCUUCAUCUCUUAUGUCUACUGCAUCUAUCACAAAACAUACAUUUACGUCAUUGAGCACUGGGGAAUCAACAGGACAAACCGUUACAAGCCAAGAUACUGCAUUCACAGUAGGAACAGUCACAAAUCAAGGUAGUUCACCUUUCACAGGAACAACUGUAGCAACUGUGAUAGAGGAUGAAGAAGUGUCAACAAAACCUUCUGAAUCCACAAUCAUUGAUGUUUCAGAGAUGCAAUUCUCCACUGCUCAAACUGGACAUUUAGAUGAAAAAUUGUCUGAAAGCACUGUCACAAGCGCAAUGACCUCAGACAAGAUAACUCACAAUGAUGUUCUUUCAUCAUCAAGCCUUUCUUCAAGCUUUCCAUCAACUGAGUCUGAAGCUUCAGGAGAUGAGACCUCAGAGAAGACAACUGCCAAAGAUUUGGUGUCGCCAAUCUCUUUACUGCACACCACAAGCAGAUCAGACGAAUAUCUUACCAAACCUACAGAAACAAUCUCCGUGUCCAGCUCAUCAGAUGCUGCUGUCACAAGCACAAAAUCAUCAGAGAAGACAACAGCCAGAGAUUUUUUUUCAACAAUUUUGUCAUCUUCAGAGUCUGAGAGUUCAGGAGGUGGAACAGUAGAUGUCACAAGCUCAGAGUUCACAACUAGCAGGCCUUCACUGUACACUACUCCAAAAUCAGAUAAAGACCUCAGCAAAACAAAAUUCCCUACAACAGAAGGAGUAUCAGUGAGCAGCUCAACACAUGUUGAAGAUCAGAAAACUGAGAGAGAUAUUGUUGAACUUGCUUCAUCUCUUAUGUCUACUGCAUCUAUCACAAAACAUACACUUACAUCAUUGAGCACUGGGCAACCAACAAGACAGACCGUUACAAGCCAAGAUACUGCAUUAACAGUAAGAACAGUCACAAAUCAAGGUAGUACACCUUUUACAGCAACAACCACAGCAACUGUGAUAGAGGAUGAAGAAGUGUCAACAAAACCUUCUGAAUCCACAAUCAUUGAUGUUUCAGAUAAGCAGUUUUCCACUGCUCAAACUGGACAUUUAGAUGAAAAAUUAUCUGAAAGCACUACCACAAGCACAAUGACCUCAGACAAGACAACUCCCAAAGAUGUUGUUUCAUCAUCAAGUUUUUCUUCAAGCUUUCCAUUAACUGAAGCUGAAGCUUCAGGAGAUGAGACCUCAGAAACGACAACUGCCAAAGAUUUAGUGUCACCAAUCUCUUUACUGCACACCACAAGCAGAUCAGACGAAUAUCUUACCAAACCUACAGAAACAAUCUCCGUGUCCAGCUCAUCAGAUGUUGCUGUCACAAGUGCAAAAUCAUCUGAGAAGACAACAGCCAGAGAUUUUUUUUCAACUUCAAGAACAGCAUCAAUUUUAUCAUCUUCAGAGUCUGAGAGUUCGGAAGAUGGAACAGUAGAUGUCACAAGCUCAGAGUUCACUACUAGCUGGCCUUCACUGUACACUACUCCAAAGCCAGACAAAGACAUCAUCAAAACAACAUUUCAUACAACAGAAGCAGUAUCAGUGACCAGCUCAACACAUGCUGAAGAUCAGAAAACUGAGACAGAUAGCUUUGAACCUGCUUCAACUCUUAUGUCUACUGCAUCUAUCACAAAACAUACAUUUACAUCAUUGAGCACUGGGAAAUCAACAGGACAGACAGUUACAAGCCAAGAUACUGCAUCAACAGUAGGAACAGUCACAAAUCAAGGUAGUUCACCUUUCACAGGAACAACUGUAGCAACUGUGAUAGAGGAUGAAGAAGUGUCAACAAAACCUUCUGAAUCCACAAUCAUCACAAUCAUUGAUGUUUCAGAGAUGCAGUUCUCCACUGCUCAAACUGGACAUUUAGAUGAAAAAUUGUCUGAAAGCGCUGCCACAAGUGCAAUGACCUCAGAUACGACAACUCCCAAAGAUCUUCUUUCAUCAUCAAGCCUUUCUUCAAGCUUUCCAUCAACUGAGUCUGAAGCUUCAGGAGAUGAGACCUCAGAGAAGACAACUGCCAAAGAUUUAGUGUCGCCAAUCUCUUUACUGCACACCACAAGCAGAUCAGACAAAGAUCCUACCAAACCUACAGAAACUAUCUCAGUGUCCAGCUCAACAGAUGCUGCUGUCACAAGCACAAAAUCAUCAGAGAAGACAACAGCCAGCAAAUUUUUUUCAACAAUUUUGUCAUCUUCAGAGUCUGAGAGUUCAGGAGAUGGAACAGUAGAUGUCACAAGCUCAGAGUUCACAACUAGCAGGCCUUCACUGUACACUACUCCAAAAUCAGACAAAGACCUUAGCAAAACAACAUUUCCUACAACUGAAGCAGUAUCAGUGACCAGCUCAACACAUGUUGAAGAUCAGAAAACUGAGAGAUAUAGCCUUGAACCUGCUUCAUCGCUUAUGUCUACUGCAUCUAUCACAACACAUACACUUACAUCAUUGAGCACUGGGCAACCAACAAGACAGACUGUUACAAGCCAAGAUACUGCAUCAACAGUAAGAACAGUCACAAAUCAAGGUAGUACACCUUUCACAGCAACAACCACAGCAACUGUGAUAGAGGAUGAAGAAGUGUCAACAAAACCUUCUGAAUCCACAAUAAUUGAUGUUUCAGAGGUGCAGUUUUCCACUGCUCAAACUGGACAUUUAGACGAAAAAUUAUCUGAAAGCACUACCACAAGCACAAUGACCUCAGACAAGACAACUCCCAAAGAUGUUCUUUCAUCAUCAAGUUUUUCUUCAAGCUUUCCAUUAACUGAGUCUGAAGCUUCAGGAGAUGAGACCUCAGAGAGGACAAUUGCCAAAGAUUUAGUAUCGCCAAUCUCUUUACUGCACACCACAAGCAGAUCAGACAAAUAUCUUACCAAACCUACAGAAACAAUCUCCGUGUCCAGCUCUUCAGAUGCUACUGUCACAAGCACAAAAUCAUCUGAGAAGACAACAGUCAAAGAUUUUUUUUCAACUUCAAGAAUAGCAUCAAUUUUGUCAUCUUCAGAGUCUGAGAAUAAAGGAGAUGGAACAGUAGAUGUCACAAGCUCAGAGUUCAGUACUAGCUGGCCUUCACUGUACACUACUUCAAAACCAGACAAAGACCUCAGCAAAUUAACAUUUCAUACAACAGAGGCAGUAUCAGUGACCAGCUCAACACAUGUUGAAGAUCAGAAAACCAAGACAGAUAGCAUUGAAUCUGCUUCACCUCUUAUGUCUACUGCAUCUUUCACAAAACAUACAUCUAGAUCACUGAGCACUGGGCAAUCAACAGAACAGACAGUUACAAGCCAAGAUACUGCUUCAACAGUAAGAACAGUCACAAAUCAAGGUAGUACACCUUUCACAGCAACAACUGCAGCAACUGUGAUGGAGGAUGAAAAAGUGUCAACGAAACCUUCUGAGUCCACAAUCAUUGAUGUUUCAGAGACGCUGUUCUCCUCUGCUCAAACUGGACAAUUAGAUGAAAAAUUAUCUGAAAGCACUUCCACAAGCACAAUGACCUCAGACAAGACAACUCCCAUAGAUGUUCUUUCAUCAUCAAGCCUUUCUUCAAGCUUUCCAUUAACUGAGUCUGAAGCUUCAGGAGAUGAUACUUCUGAAAUAUUUAUCAAAGAGUUCACAACAAUUUCUCCACUUUAUACUACAACUAUUUCUGAUCAAGAACUUACAAUAACACCAUCUGACACAGAAGAAACAACUGCAGUUUCAAGUUCAACACCUGCUGAAAAUGUAAGCGAUCAGAUAAUUGAGGCACAGAGUAGAGAACCUGUUUCUAUGCUUGAGUUUACUGAAACAAGUACAGUGCAAACAUUUACAUCAUCAAACACUGAGUACUCAACAGGACACACAAUUACAAGUCAAGAUAAGACAUCACAUACAGCUACAACCACAACCAUUUUGGUGAAGGACAAAGACCUGUCUGAUAAGCCAUCUGUAUCAACCAGUACUGAUGUUUCAGAGACUUUCUUCUCUUCUCAGACUGAUCAUUAUGAGAAAACAUCUGAAAACAAUGUCACAAUGACCUCAGAGAAGACAACUGCCAAAGAUUUAGGGUUGCCAAUCUCUUUACUGCACACCACAAGCAGAUCAGACAGAGAUUAUACCAAACCUACUGAAACAGUCUCAGUGUCCAGCUCAACAGAUGCUGCUAUCACAAGCACAAAAUCAUCAGAGAGAACAACAGCCAAAGAUUUCUUUUCAACUUCAAGAACAGCAUCAAUUUUGUCAUUUUCAGAGUCUGAGAGUUCAAGAGAUGGAACAGUAGAUGUCACACGUUCAGAAUUCACUACUAGCUGGCCUUCACUGUACACUACUCCAAAAACAGACAAAGACCUAAGCAAAAAAACAUUUCAUACAACAGAUGGAGUAUCAUUGACCAGCUUAACACAUGUUGAAGAUCCGAAAACUGAGACAGAUAGCUUUGAACCUUCUUCAUCUCUUAUGUCUACUGCAUCCAUCACAAAACAUACAUUUACAUCAUUGAGCGCUGGGGAAUCAACAGAACAGACCAUUACAAGCCAAGAUACUGCAUCAACAGUAAGAACAGUCACAAAUCAAGGUAGUACACCUUUCACAGCAACAACCACAGCAACUGUGAUGCAGGACGAAGAAGUGUCAACAAAACCUUUUAAAUCUACAAUCGUUGACUUUCCAGAGACGCAGUUCUCCACUGCUCAAACUGAAAUAUUUGAUGAAAAAUUUUCUGAUAGCACUGUCACAAGCACAAUGACCUCAGACAAGACAACUCAGAAAGAUGUUAUUUUAUCUUCAAGUCUUUCUUCAAGCUUUCCAUUAACUGAAGCUGAAGCUUCAGGAUAUGAUACCUCUGAAAUUUUUAUCCAAGAGUUCACAACAAGUUCUCCACUUCAUACUACAACUAUUUCAGAUCAAGAACUUACAAGAACACCAUCAGACACAGAAAAAAAUAUUUCAUUUUCAAACUCAACACAUGCUGAAACUGUAACCGAACAGACAAUUGAGGCACAGAGCAGAGAACCUGUUUCCAUGCUUGACUCUACUGAAACAAGUACAGUGCAUACAUUUACUUCAUCAAACACUGAGUACCCAAUAGGAUACACAAUGUCAAGUCAAGAUAUAAAAUCACAUACAGCUACAACCACAACCAUUUUGUUGAAGGAGAAAGAGCUUUCAGCAAAGCCAUCUGUAUUAACCAGUACUGAUGUUUCAGAUACGUUCUUCUCUUCUUUCCAGACCGAUUAUUUAGAAAAAACACCUGGAAUUAAUGUCACAGUGACCUCAGAGAAGACAUCUACCAAAGAUUUAGUGUCGCCAAUAUCUUUACUGCACACCGCAAGCAGAUCAGACAAAGAUCUUACCACACCUACGGAAACAAUCUUAAUGUCCAGCUCAUCAGAUACUGAUGUCACAACCACAAAAUCAUCAGAGAAGACAACAGCCAGAGAUUUCUUUUCAACUUCAAGAAUAGCAUUCAUGAAUUUGUCAUCUUCAGAGUCUGAGAGUUCAGGAGAUGGAAUAGUCACAAGCUCAGAGUUCAAAACCACCAGGCCUUCAACAUACAUUACUCCAAAACCAGAGCAAGACCUCAGCAAAACAACAUUUCAUUCAACAGAAGCAGUAUCAGUGACCAGCUCAACACAUGUUGAAGAUCAGAAAACGGAGACAGAGAGUGGAGAACCUGCUUCCUCUAUUGUUUCUUCCACAUCCAGCACAUUACAUACAUUUAUGUCAUUGACAGCUAAGGAAUCAACAGGACAGACAGUUACAAGCCAAGAUAAUACAUCAGCUGCACAGACAGGGUCAAUUCAAGGUAGUACACUUUUGACAGUAACAACCCCAGCAACUGCAAUGCUGGAUGAAGAAGUGUCAACAAAAUCUUUGGAAUUCACCAUCAUUGAUGUUUCAGAGACUUUGUUCUCCUCUGCUCAAACUGGACAUUUAGAUGAAAUAUUAUCUAAUAGCACUGUCACAAGCACAAUGACAUCAGAGAAAAUGACUUCUAAUAAACUGUCUUCAUCAAGUUUUUUUUCAGGCUUUCCACCAACUGAGAAUGAAGUGUCAGAAGAUGACACAUCUGAUAUGUUUAGCAAAGAGCUUAUAACAAGUUCUUCUUUUCAUACCACAAACAAAUCAGACCAAGAACUUACAAAAACACCAUCUGACAGAGAAGAAACAAUAUCAGUUUCAAGCUCAGCACAUGCUGAGACUACAAGAGAUCAGAAAAUGAAGCCCCAUAGUAGAGAACCUGUUUCUGUGCUUGACUCUUCUGAAACUAGUACAGUGCAUACAUUUACAUCAUCAAGCACUGAGUAUUCAGCAGGACAUGCAGUCACAAGUAAAGGUAUUACAUCAAAUGUAGCUACAACCAUAACAACUGUGGUUGAGGACAAGGAGCUGUCAGCAAAACCAUCUGAAUCAAGCUUUAUUGAUGUUUCUGAGACUUUCCUUUCUUCAACCCAGACCGAUCAUUUAGACAACACUUCUCAAACCGAUCAUUUAGACAACACGUUAUCUGAAAUCAAUGUCACAUUGACCUCAGAGAAGACAACUACCAAAUAUGCAGUAUCACCAACCUCUUUACUGCAUACCACAAGUGGAUCAGACAAAGAACUCGCCAAACCUACAGAAGUCUCAGUGUCCCGUUCAACAGAUGCUGCUGUCACAAGCACAAAAUCAUCAGAGAAGACAACAGCUAGAGAUUAUUUUUCAACUUCAAGAAUAGCAUCAGUUUUGUCAUCUUCACAGUCUGAGAGUUCAGGAGAUGGACCAGUAGAUAUCACAAGCUCAGAGUUCACAACCAGCAGGUCUUCACUAUACACUACUCCAAAACCAGAACAAGACCUCAGCAAAGCAACAGUUAAUACUUCAGAACCAGUAUCAGUUACCAGCUCAAGACAUGCCGAAGAACAGAGAACUGAGACAGAUAGCAAUGAACCUGUUUCUUCUCUCAUAGCCUCUGUAUCAAACACAACACAUAUAUUUAUUUCAUUGAGCACUGGGGAAUCAACUAAACAAACAGUUACAAGUCAAGAUACUUUCUCCUCUGCUUGGACUGGACAUUUAGAAAAUAUAUUAACUGAAACCUCUAAAGACUUUUUGUCACCAUCAAGUUUUGUAUCGAGCUUGCCCUCAGAACUUGAUAAUUCAGGAGAUGGCACCUCUAAUGAUGUAGGUAAGCAGUUCACAACAAGUGCUUCAGUGUAUACCACAACCGCAUCAGAUGUAGUGCUCAACAAAACAACAGCAACAAUAUCAGUUUCCAGCUCAACAGAUUCUGAAGUAACAAGGGAAAAUAUUGAUUACUCAAUAGAAAGAACAGUAACAAGUGAUGAAAUUUCAUUUCACACAACUGAGUCUGCUGCUAUAGAGAACAAAGAUCUGUCACCAAAACCAUCUGAUUCCACAAUUUUGCAUGCUUUGGACACUCUGUUCUCAUCCUCAUCAAUUUCUGAAAGCGCUGUCACAAUGACAACUGACUUACAGAAGACAGCUUCAAAAGGCAUUCAGUCAACAAGUUCCUUAAUGUACCCCACAAGAAAAUCUGACAUCGAUUUCACUGAAAAUACACAACAAACCUCAGGGUCCAGUUCAUCAGAUGCUGACCUCACCUCACAUCACUCAAAUAAGGCAAAUGGUAACAAACUCAUUUCUACUCUUGAUUCUACUGAAACUAGCACAGUAUAUACAUUAACAUCAUUGAUCACUGGGGAAUCAACAGCACAAACAGUCACAAGUAAAGAUAUCACAUCAGACACAGCAACAACCACAGCAACUGUGAUGCAAGACAAAGAGUUGUCAGUAAAACCAUCUGAGUCCACCAUCAAUUAUGUGUCAGAGACUGUGUUUACUUCUACUCAGACUGAUGACAAAACAUCUAAAAGCACUGUCACCAUGGCCUCAGAGAAAACAACUCUGUCACAAUCAUAUUUUUCUUCUAGAUUGCCAUCAACAGAAUCUGAAGUUUCUGGGGAUUACAGCUCUGAAAUGUUUAGCAAAGAGGUUACAAAAAAUCAUUUGCUGUACACUACAACAAAAACAGGCUUAGAAUUCAGUAAAACCACAAACAAAAACUUAGUUUCCAGUUAUGAAGAUAGAAUUACACCAACAACUAAAUCACUUAAUCAUUACAUUGUAGACACUGAUGAGACAGAAGUUCAAGAAAGUGACCACACAUUAGAGCCAGUGAGGCCUGACAGUUUAUCCACAACUGAAUUGUUUUCAGGCAAUGUCCAAAAAGUGAUUACAGAAUCAUCUAUUGAAGAAGGCAGUGGAGACCUAAGUGAAAGCUCUGGUAAAAUAUCCUCUUCUGCUGUAGAAUCAGUUCCUCCCCAAGUUACUCCAUCUGAGGUCAAGACAGCUGCUGUUAGUUCUAAGUCUUUAGCUGAUUCCAGAGAGCAGCCAUCAGAAAAUAUAACAGCUACAAUAGAUGUUAGAACAACUAUAAAUGGAUAUACAGAAUCAAGCUCAUUUACUUUAAAAGAGGUAGAAAGCUCUGGUCAUCAGACUACAGAGAUGUUUACCACAGCUCCCUUGGAGCUUUUGACUACAAGACUCCCAGGCUCUGCUAUUGCUACUGACACUGCCUCAGUACUUUCCACAAUGUAUCAUACUAUUACAGAUUCACAGUCAGCUAGACACACCACAGAAUCAGUCAAAUCAAGUAAGCCUAACCAUACCACAUCUUCAACUGUCCAAACAACACCUGCUAGUUACAAAAUGACUUCAGUUGCAGCCAGGACAAGAGCAAUUACAUUAUCUUCUAGUGAAAACAAUAGCAAGCACACUACACUUUCAGUUGUAGAUGCAGAGGGUGACACAGGAAAUGAAGAAACAUCAGGGAUGUCCACUUCCAUGGGUGUUUCAGCAGUUGCCAUCAAAACUCAAACUAGCACGGUUCAUAUAACUAGCACAGAACCUGACAGGGACAUCACUAUAACACAAGGUACCAACACUAUCACCUCUGCACUUUUAGACAGUGAGGGUUCUGGUGUUGUAGAAGAUGACCAGGAAACUGCUCAGUUAGAGGGGUCUGGUGAGGAGGACAGAGUGAGCACAACAGCUGAUCUAUAUGAUAAUUACACUGUGGCCACAGAUGAGGCAGAAAUUAAUGAGAAUGUCUACACCUCAAAGCCAGUGAGUAUUGAGAGUUUCUCCCAUUUUGUGUCUUCCACAACUGAAUCAACAUUACUGUCUAGCACAGUACAAACAGUAAUCUCGGCUUCUGAAGUUACAGCUGAAAGUGAAUUGGAAGAUGACAGCUCUGGUGGUGAAUUUUCAGCAGAAGCUCUUGAAACAGUUCCUGGAGAUAUGUCUCCUGAUGACAAAACACAGAGAACUGAAGCUGCAUUACUUGAUAUAGUAGUAUCAAGUACAUCUGAGACUUUAUCAGUUUCAGGCACACCAAAAAGUACCAUACAGUCAAGAACUAUUGAUACCAACCUAAAUAGUCAAACCAAAGAAGACGACAAGGUAUUUACCUUACCAGAACAUUCUACAGGUGAUGUAUCCAAAACACUAACAACUAAGUCAUAUGAUGAUCUAACUGUAAGAACAGAUGAGGCAGAAGUUGAUGAAACCGAGAAGACAACAAGUGUUUCAAGUGCUGCAUUUGUCACUGGUAGUACAGAUUUUAUACAUCAGUCAACUUCAUCCCCAUCUCCCUUAGUCCUAAGCUCCACCCUAUCAACUGUAACAUUUACAAUUUCAAAUUCUGAGGAUGAUAGUGGGGACGACUCAACAGAGACAGAUGGAGCAGAAGAUGGAUCAGGUGAUGAUACAACUUAUGUGACAUCAUCACCUUUGCUCUCAAGCUCAGAGAUGACAGAAGCAGCCAUUAGCAUAACACCAUUUAGCUCAGUCAGCAGUGGAGAGGAUAUUACAGCCACAAUUGUUUUACACAGCACCAUAACACCUGAAAUGCAAACUGUGUUCUCAAGCACAGAUGCUGAAAGUUUCUCUCAGUUUUCAGAGACCAAGCAGGAACCAACUGGUGGUUCUGUUUUAGACUCAACAGCCACUAGCUUUACUGCUCUUGUCACAUCUUCUGAUGUGACAACCAACCAUAUUACAUCGCCUUCAUUAGUGACAUCUCAAGGUUCUCUGUCCACCCCUACUUCAUCUGUUUCCUUGAAUGACACUAAUCAUCAAGUCACUUCAACAAGCUCUGUCUUAAUAUUCACAGAGGAAGAGGAAGAUGAAGAUAAGCUGUUUUUGACUGUAACAGCGAGUAUGAAACAUCAUACUCCAGAAGUUACCACAAAGGAUGACAUGAUCAUUGAUGCAGAUACUACUUCUAUUUUAGAGCAGUCUUCACCUUUUGCCCCUACAAUUGUUACAGAGGAAGCAGCUGGGGUAACCCCAGUUGUCAUUACAGCACAUCCCUCAAGCCUAAUGACAGAGGAACCAGUGGGUUCUGGAAUGGAUAGUACUGAGUUACCUGAGUUAUAUGUAGGAUCUGAAACCACAGUAGAUGAAUCAAUAUACAGACAUCAACAGACAACAUCUACCCCAGACAUUCUUCAAAGCAACUCAGCAUAUGUAGAUAGAGAACCGCAAGCAACACAAACUAAACAAACUGAGACUACAAAUGAGCAAGAUGGUCAUACCUUCACAGAACCCACUCUUACGAUGAAGACACUGACUAAUAACUCUGCAUCCUCUACAUCUACUAAAAGUUAUAUGAAAACGUCCACUUUAUCCCCCAAAUCAGUUCUAAUCAUUCAGGCUGGAUCAACAGAAGCGUCUAUAACUAAAAGUGAAACAAUGUCAUCAACAGCUGUAGAACGAGAGACAACACCUCUACCAUUACAUAAAAUGUCUUCUGAGGUGGAAGUGUCAAGUCAGUUAAGAAACCAAUAUGAACCAAUUCAAACAACAACUAGUAUUCUAUCAGUUAACACAGAUGUAAUUUUAGAAAUGACAAGUGCUGAUGAUAUUGAACAAAGUACUCCCUCUUCUGAUAUGGUAAGUCAGGGGAGCGAAUCAACAAACGCAGAUGUAUCAUCUGAUAUUUCUGAGAAAACCACAGGUGCAUUAUUGUCAACAGAUGACGGCUCAGGUGACCAAAUAGUUGAUUCAUUUACAGAGCUGCCUGAAUCAACAGACUCAAUUUUAACAGAUGAAUCAGUGACAUUCUCUGUGGAGACUGAUAUUGAGAUUAAUUUUGCAACAACCCUCUCGCCCCAAGCAAUUACAGUAACUGAUGGAGAACUAUACCAGCAAGCUUUGUCUGAGAUGACAGUGACACAUAAGCCCAACACAGAAUUCAGGACUGAUGAAGACCCAUCAUUGUCAUCAACAACAAUGCCUACUUCCCUUAUAUAUGAAUCAAAUUUGAAUACAACAAUGAACAUAGUAACAUUAGUAGGAUCUCUUUCAUCUACCUCCAUUCCAGGACGGAGUGAAAAACCAGGAGCCACACUUCCCUCUGAGGAAAUAACGAAUGAUUCCAUAGAUUAUGACACAAAAACAGAACCUUAUAAUGUUGAAUCCAUUCCAGAUUUCGAAAAUUAUACUGCUCUAGAUAUUAGCUCAGAAGAUGUGACAAACCCCAAUGAUGUGACCCAAACUAAAAAUGAGUUUGAUACCACCUCACCAUAUGAAGUUGAGACUACCUUUGAUGCCAUCUCAGAAUCAAUAGCUGACUCAGACGUUGAGACUUCCCCAAAACCUGGUGAGGAUAGUGCAAGCACUGAUGGAGAUGAAGUGAACCAAACAGACAUUGAGAGUGCAACUCUCUUAGAUGUUAGCUCAGAAGAUGUGACAAGCUUCAUUGACAUAACCCAACCAGAUAGUGUGACAAUCUUCACCAUGUCACAACCUGAUAUUGAGACCGGUUUUGUGGCCACCUCACAGCCUGAUAUUAGGACUGGUUUCGAGACCAGUUCACAUUCUUAUACUGAGACUACAUUUGAUGCCAUCUCAGAAUCAACAGCUGACCCAGACAUUCAGACUUCCUCAAAACCUGAUGAGGAUAGUGCAAGCACUGAUGGAGACGAAGUGAACCAAACAGACAUUGAAAGUGGAGCUCUCUUAGAUGUUAGCUCAAAACAUGUGACAAGUACAAGUGACAUCACCCAACCUGAAAAUAUGAGAAGCAUCACCAGGUCACAGCCUGACAUUGACACAAAUUUUGACAUUACCUCACAGCCUGAUAUUAGUCCUGGUUAUGAGACCACAUCACAACCCGAUAUUGGGACUGAUUUUGACACCACCUCACAGUCUGAUAUUGAGAAUACAUUUGAGAACAUCCCAGAAUCAACAGCUCACCCAGACAUUGAGAUGUCCCCAGAACCUGAUGAGGAUAGUGGAAUAAGUAUUGAUGGAAACACAGAAGUAGACGUCUUGAAUACUGAGACCAGCUCUCAGCUUGAAACUGAAGGUUUUAAGUCAACAAUGCAACCAGACAUUAAGCGAGCCUCAGGAACUGAAAAUGAUGCUUCUGUGACCAGCUCACCAACCAAUAGAACAAGUGGUUUAGGGCGAAGCACAUCUGGAGAGGUAACAAAUACAUUAUCCGAAAAGCAUACGACCUCAACAAGACCUUCUGAAGUCACAGAUGAACCAAAUUCUGCUGCUAUAAGUGAGGAAAAGGACCAGGAAGAAGGUGGACGUGAGGAUACAACCCUAGCUGAACAAACAGACAUAGGAUUUAGGAGCACAGCACAGCCUCAAUUUGAUAAUUCUUUUACUUCGAGUAUUGUGAAGAGCAGCUCAGAGGAGGAUUCAAUUAUCAACCCAUCAUCUGGUGAGGUUCAAGCAGUUAUUCUGUCCACAACAACAGGCUCACCUUUACUUCUGACACCAGAAAAUGAUGUAAAGAUUGUCAGUAAAGAAACUUCCUCAGAAAAACAAGAGGCAGCUGGUCAGAUCGAAGAAGCUGUAACUCUUAAAACUGAGAUCCCAAUUCAAGAAAUGGAUCUGAUGACGUCACCAGUGCCUACAACUCAGAGUGAGACUGCAACAACAUUAGCUUCUCCUGAAGAUGUUUUAGAGCCUGCUUUAGUUGAAAGUUCACCUACAAGUGCACAGAAUGAAACCACAACACGCAGUGCAGAAGAUGUUGCACACACAAUAAUUGCACAGACAGUUGAAAUUCCAGGUAUUCACUCCUGUUCUGAUGCUGUUUGCUUGAAUGGUGGUACAUGUAUAAAAACAGGUGGUGCUCAGAUCUGCAUAUGUCAACCUGGAUACAGUGGUGAACAAUGUGAAAUAGACAUUGAUGAAUGUCACACAAACCCUUGUCGUAAUGGAGGAACAUGCAUUGAUGGCCUAAACUCAUUCACCUGUGUAUGUCUUCCAAGUUAUGCAGGAGCACUGUGUGAACAAGAUACUGAAACAUGCAGCUAUGGCUGGCAUAAGUUCCAGGGCCAUUGCUACAAAUACUUUCCUCAUCGACGUAACUGGGACACAGCAGAGCGUGAAUGUCGUCUCCAGGGGGCACAUCUUGCUAGUGUCCUGUCCCAUGAUGAGCAGCAAUACAUCAACCGUCUUGGCCAUGACUACCAGUGGAUCGGUCUGAAUGAUAAGAUGUUUGAGAAUGAUUUCCGGUGGACAGACGGUAGAGUUGUGCAAUAUGAAAACUGGAGACCGAACCAGCCGGACAGUUUCUUCUCCUCUGGGGAGGAUUGUGUGGUGAUGAUCUGGCAUGAGGACGGCCAGUGGAAUGAUGUUCCCUGCAACUACCAUCUCACCUUCACCUGCAAGAAAGGCACAGUGUCCUGCAGUCAGCCUCCUAUUGUUCACAAUGCCCGCACGUAUGGCCAGCCACGUCCACGCUAUGAGAUAAACUCCCUGAUCAGGUACCAAUGUAUGGACGGCUUCAUCCAGAGACACGUUCCAACCAUUCGCUGCAGAGGUGACGGCUUAUGGGACAUACCCAGGAUCUCCUGCAUGACUCCAUCCAACUACCAAAGGUCAUAUACGAAAAGGCUUCAGAGAUACAGUGUUUACCGCAAUAAUCGAAAGAGAGCAGCAGAACAUUCAGUGGAUGUACACAGACGAAGACACCACCACCACCAUGGUGGAAAACACAGUCGGACAAAACAAUAGUUGCCUUGAUCAAACAACCCAAAUGCAAGGACCCAUUUAAUGUAUAUUGAUAGUGGCCUGCGUAUGAUGGACCUGCCUGCUGGGCAAAAAAAAAAAAAAAAGAUUACUAAAGAAAAAAUUAUGAAAAGGACCAUAACAAGGGUUAAAGCAAAAUAUCAGUGGAAUAAAACUUCUUUCAGUGUUUGAAUCUUUUACCAGAGAUGCCUUUUAAGAACUACAUAAAAGGACACACAUUCAGCUGGCCUCUGAAAACAAACAAGCAAAGCAAAAAAAAAAGAUUAUUUAACCUGCCAUCUAUCUGAUCUGGGUCUGCUUGGAAAUAAACAGUGCCUUCAUGAAUUUUAAGACCAGCAUAACGUUCACAGCAUUUUAGCCUAUAAACAUAAUAAUACAUUUUGAUGCACACUUGAUGUAUGAUUCCUAUCAGUCUUUUUUUUUUUUAAGUUUAGUAGAAUCACAGGUGUAUGCAGAUAUCCUGCUGCUUACUGAACAAUUGAGAAACCAUACAUAUGAAUGUGAAAGAAUAUAUAUAUAUUUAUAUAGACAGAGUGAGCAAUGGCUCAUGUGAGUCAUGUGAUUGUCGCAAAAAAAAGGCAUAGAUAUAUAAAAAAAAACUGUAUUCAAUACAGUGAAUGUUUUGAUAUCUUAAAGUUAUCACACUACAAUUUAAUACUCUGACUUUAAGGUAUUGAAAAGCCAUGUAGAUUUUAGACUAUUUAUAUUCCUCAGUUUGAUGUCUCUUUCAAAUGUUUACAGUGCAAAUUCUAUUUUACAUCCAUUAAUUCCUUUUUGUCUGUAAACCAAGAAAUGUACUGUAUGUACGCUACAUCAUUUCAUCUUUUUUUUUUUUUGGACAAUUUAAAAUAUCUUUAAAGAGAAUGUACUUUGUGAGAUGCUGAAAAGACUUGAACGAAUGUCUUUGUAACAAGAUGCCUAUAAUUUAUUUCUUGAGCUGCUCCUUGUUUUCUUAAUGUUGUAGUAAACUAUAACAUGAUUUAACUUGGCCAAAUUGCGCAUUGACAGAAUUCAAUAUAUUAAAUGACAUGGUCAAUAGCUGGCAUUAAUGUGACUAAUAUUUGCAACUCACAGAAUUUAAAUGGAUUAUGACAUUUGGGGUGUAUCAAUGGACCAAAAAAAGAA